AGCGCUAACAACCAACGGAUUAAAGAAUAGGAAACUUUGGAAAAUACGAUAAGAAAUUAAUUAAAUUUCGUAAGGUUAAAGUUCAGAAAUCAUGACUAAAAGUGCUAAUUUGUGAUUUUCUUCAAUUACAGUUUUUUCAAUUGCGAAUAUCUCCUAAACUAAAAACAAUAGAUAGGAGCGAUAUUUAAAAAAAUGUUUUACACGAACUAAUAAUGAUUUAUACAUUUAUUUUAGUUUAUAACUAAUUUAUUUCUAAUUAAAUUCUAGUUAUUAUAGGAGAAACUCUCUGCCAACGCUAUUACACAACUUUAAAUAAAUUACUUCAAUCUACUCGUUCUGUAUGCAACCAACUGAACGUUUUAACCUUUCUUUCGGCCUGUACACUUCCCAUGCACGUUUUCUAUUCAGUUUUACCGACUUCUUACCUUAAAACACUGUUGACUGGUGAUACACGAUGAAUACUUCAUCUGAAUCAAUUCCUAUUAGUGAAAUAUUUAAUUUUAUACCAAUCAAUGGAAUCCCAAGUCUUGAACAUAUCGCCAAAGAAACAAAUCUUCAAAGGUUGUACAUAAACUUAAGACUUUAUUUACAAGGCAUAGAACUAGGCACUCACAAUAAACAAAACUUCUCAUUAGAUUUUAUUCUAAAUCAAGCCACACAUGAAAACAUAACAGACAUUUGUAAAAUUAUCAAAUGUGCAUUGCAAUUACAAUCAAAUACAGAUGAAUAUGAAAAGAUAAUCAAAAAUCACUCCAUGAGAAUAAAUUUGAUAAAUUUAAAGAUAAUAAACACUUUACUUUCAUGUCCUGUUAAAACAGAAUUUAUAAAUAGUAACUUAUUGUCAAAUUAUUUGAAUUAUGCAUAUACUGAAGAAGAGGAACACAAAUGUUUUGUGUCUAGUAUUUUACCAUCAUUUCUAAGCAAAAACAACAAAAAUCUUGAAGUUGUGUGGUGCAAAUGCAUCAGUGACAAAUCUUUAACACUUUUAUCAUCAAUAUCUUCAUCUUAUUUAUUUUCUGAAGCUGGCAUAAAGAUUUUGCAACAAGAACAAUUUUGGGAAUUACUUGUACAUGAAUUAGUUGCCAGUGAAGGGUUUAAAUAUAAAUCAACAAUGUUUCUAUUGAAAUUAUCAUUGAAUAUUUUAAGCCAUUAUAAUGUUACAAUCAAUAAUAAGUACAUAAAUAACACACUUUUGUCAGAAGAUAAUAAAUCAUUUGAUUAUUUUUGUAUUCUCUUAGAUAUUUCCAUUGAAAAGCAGAUACAUUUAAUACAACCAUCGUUAUGUCUUCUAAACAAGAUGUUCUUGCCUACAAUGUGGUUAAAUAUAAUUUACAAAAAAUUCCUCGGUCACUCUAAUAAUACAGUUGCAUUUUAUACACUCAACUACUUUAUGGUGAAUUAUAACGAUACUGAUUUAGAUUUUGGUCCUAUGUUUACUGCAUUAAAUAAAAACGACGAUUCAAAGUUAAGUAAACAUAUUUUACAUCGAUUGCAGCAAUUUUGUAAAGAAUUAUCACAAGAAAAGUAUGAAAAAUUACUAUCAGACAGUUUAGGAGUAAACUGGAACCCGGUUGCUUUUUAUAAUUUUUAUCAACAUGUUUUAGUUGACAAUAAACAUCUUGAUUGUAAUAUAACACUGGAAAUAAUCCGAAAUUGCAAGAAACUACCUCAUAAAUACAUAAGGCAAGGUGUUAUGUUUAUUUUAUUUACAAAACUAAAAGAUCAAAUUACAAUGUGUGAAGAAGUUUCGAUUGCAAAAUACAUAAACAUUAUUUUAGAACUUAUGUUGGAUGAAGCCUACUACAGAUAUGCCACAAAAUUAAUCAAUAUGAGUAAGUUGACUGUUCCAGAUGAAUUUAUUCAAGAAUUACUAGGAUUUUUAUCAGAUCCUAAUACUGUAAACAUAAAAAUCAAAGUUGAUUUCUUAAUUGAGAUCACCGAGCGAAAAAACGUUCCGGAUUUGCUUGUGAAAGGUUUAUAUCAGGAUUUUAAAAAGAGAAAAUACGCCACGAUUGUUCUGGAUCGUUUGUCGUAUUUGUAUCUUGUUAAACCUUCAGAUUUGCAAGAUUAUUUAAUGGAAAGGUUGGAUUCGAAGGAAGAGGCUCAUUCGAUUCGACAUAUGGAUAAACCUAGUUAUGAUUUGGUCUCAAAGUCAAUCGGUAUCUUAACUUCGAAUAAACUUGUUUCUUGUAAUCAACAAUUGCUUGCUUUCGAAGUACUUUUUUAUAUGACCAAGAAUAACUAUACUGUUGUAUAUAAUCAUUGGUUUAACAAGAUUUUAAAUAAGUCUGAAGUAAUUUUGCCUAGUCUUGCAUUGAAUUUUGUUAAUUUAUUGAUUAAGAUUCCUACCAAUUUUGGCAGACAACAUUUUGUAAGAUUGUUGAAUGUUUAUGAAGAGUUUUUCAAUAGUCAGCGCGAUGAUGUCUUGGUGAGAAUUUAUAGAAAUUUUGAUUUUAUUAUGGAGAAUAUUGAUAGUAGAAAUUUAAGUUUUUUGGAAAUUGCUUGCAAUAAGAUUUUCUAUUUGAAAGCAAGAGAUGAUGUGGAAAAUUCGAUCAGGUAUUUAGUUAGAGUAUAGCGUUGAAUUAUAAAACAAUAAAUAAAGAAGUUUUGGAGUUUUUAUUGAAAAA